GGAGGCUAAUGAGACCGUCAACAAAGAAGUGUCGCCUUCACUAGCACCAGGCUGCUAGCGUUUUGCUCAUCCGAAGCAUGCCGAGUAGUGGAGCUUAUGGUGAAGUUUAAACGUGUAUUUUUUUUGCAGCCUUCUAAGCUGAAUGCGGAUCCUCAUUUGAACAACUUACAACUGGAGUCCAGCUGAAGUGACAUUAUGGGGAUUUUGGAGAAAAUCUCCGAAAUAGAGAGAGAAAUUUCUCGGACGCAGAAAAACAAAGCCACUGAGUACCAUCUGGGCUUGCUGAAGGCCAAGUUAGCCAAAUACAGAUCUCAGCUGCUGGAGCCCUCCAAGUCGGCGGGGGCCAAAGGCGAAGGCUUCGAUGUUAUGAAAUCUGGAGAUGCACGUGUUGCUCUUAUUGGUUUCCCCUCAGUGGGUAAGUCCACUUUCCUCAGCUUGAUGACAUCAACCGCCAGUGAAGCUGCCUCCUACGAGUUCACCACCCUCACCUGCAUACCAGGUGUCCUUGAGUACAAAGGGGCCAACAUCCAGUUGCUCGAUUUGCCAGGAAUCAUUGAGGGCGCAUCUCAAGGUAAGGGAAGGGGUCGUCAGGUCAUCGCCGUUGCCAGGACAUCAGACGUUGUCAUAAUGAUGUUGGAUGCCACCAAAGGGGACGUCCAGAGAACACUUUUAGAAAAAGAGUUGGAGUCGGUGGGCAUUAGGCUUAACAGGGAAAAACCUAAUAUAUAUUUCAAGCAAAAGAAAGGCGGUGGCCUCUCCUACAACUCCACAGUACCUCUGACCCACUGCUCGGAGAAGCUCGUUCAGCUCAUCCUUCAUGAAUAUAAAAUCUUUAACGCAGAAGUCCUCUUCAGGGAGGACAGCACGCCAGACGAGUUCAUUGAUGUCAUUGUUGGGAACAGAGUUUACAUGCCUUGUCUAUAUGUGUACAAUAAGGUGGAUCAAAUCUCUAUCGAGGAGGUGGACCGCCUGGCUCGUAGACCUCACAGUGUUGUCAUCAGUUGUGGCAUGAACCUCAACCUGGAUUAUCUUCUAGAGACGCUAUGGGAAUACUUGGCUUUGAUUUGCAUUUUUACCAAGAAAAGAGGAGAGCGCCCAGAUUUCAGUGACGCCAUCAUCAUGAGAAGAGGAGCAAGUGUAGAACAUGUGUGCCAUCGCAUUCACAGAACCUUAGCAAGCCAGUUCAAGUAUGCUCUGGUUUGGGGCACCAGCACAAAGUACAGUCCUCAGAGGGUGGGUCUGACGCAUAUCAUGGAGCACGAGGAUGUCAUCCAGAUCGUCAAGAAGUAAAGAGAUCUUCAGUCAUUUGGGACGUUCUGUAAGAGCUGUCAGUGGCAUUAAAUUGGGUGGAAAAGUUGUACCUAUACUCGCGUGCAACAGAAGUGCACCCACAAACUCUUUGUAUUACUUUUAACAAAAAAAACCCUACAAAUGACAAAACGGAUCAGUUUGGCAAAAGCUGAUUCAUUCAUUUCUUUUUAAUUAAAUCGACGAAUAGUUGAUUGACAAAGCGAGUCAUGAUGAAAAAAGAAUAAAGUCCACAUAACUUUAAAACCAAAA